ACAUGCGCACUUCGUAGCUAUUAAUGUUGAUAGAAAUCGGAUUUCCCCUUACAGAACGGGAAUUCCAUGUCGUUUUUAGGCACCAGCUCGGACUCUUCCCAGGCAUUUUGAUGUAAACCUGAUCAUGCCGACAGUUUGUGAGGAGUCGGGGGCCUCAGGCUCGUCCGUUCAUUCUACAUUGGAUCUAAAGAAGAAACUUUUAUCACAAGACACCACGUACGAAAAAUGCACGUGCCAUGUGUUUACCCCCAGUGGAAGACAGUUUGGGAGGACGAUAUCUUUAGAUCCCCAACUUCUGAAUCGAUGUGCCGAGUGUCACAAGGAGAAAGGUAGACCAAAACUUCUUCAUUAUAACUAUGAGAAAAUCACCGAGGAGAAUGAAGACUGUGGGAUCAGCAAGUCGGGGGAUCGGCUGGGGACAGUGGUACUAGAGGAUAGGGUGGGGGGAACUAAACUAUUCGACGAUACGGACGGGGAUGUGAAAGAGAAACUAAUUAACGCUAACAGUGAACAAAGUGAAAAUGACACAAAUAAUAAACUAGAGAUAGAGGACGGGGACCCAGAAAAGGGGCUAGAACCUCCCAGAAGAAAGCCCUGGACUAGGAGAAAAUUAGCCCUUAAGAUUUCAUUAUUAUUGAUUGUAAUUGUGUUAGCCAUAACCGGGGUGGUUCUGGGAGUUACGAACAUGAAAUCCAGGGACAAGCUACCUCCAGUUGAAAUGAGAUUAAAACAGCCUCCCACUCCGUCCCCCGUCACUCCGUCCCCCGUCACAGGAGUCCAUAAAGAUCCUCCUAUGAACAACUGCUCCUUACGGAUGGAGCUAGAUAAAGAUAGUAUGGAGACUGGAACUCCGGACACUUUUCAGUCACACACGCUUCCAUGGAGACCGCUGCUGUCGCACUCCGCCAGCAACGCCAUAUUUUAUUCACCGGAAGCUAAGACGUUUAACGUCACAAAAUCCGGGCACUUUACAAUUCAUGCUGAUGUUCACAUAGACACUCAUUUAUGGAUCAGCAGUGACGAUCUUCGGAAGACUUUUUCCUCCAUUUUGUGUAUCCAGUUUCCUACAAGAACACCAGCAAAGAAAUGCAACACGUCUAAAUAUGUAGCUCGUACGGUGCGUGCACAGUCUGUUCAUACAGACAUUUAUUUACAGAAAGGGGAGACAUUUUACGUGACUAUUGAAGUGUUAUCGUUAAAUAUGAUAUACCACCUUCAAAGAGACAGAAAUAACAUUAUAGAAAUUACAUUUAAAAAUUGCUAGUCAUGUCUAUAGUUGUAUAUUACUGUAUAUAUUUGAGUUUUAUUUAUAUUUUUUGUUAUUU